AUGGUGGCGCUCCAGCUGCUGGCUUCAUCCCGUCAGGAUCUCCGGGACGUUCAGCAGAGCUUCUCUCGGCUCCAGGACGCGUGGAAGGACUGCGGCACCGAGCCGCUUCAGAGCAGCCGCAGGUCGGACGCGGAACAGGCCCGGCGGAGCCAGGAGGCGGACCGGCUCCGAACCGAGGCCUCCGAGCUGCACGUCCGCCUCGAGGCCCAGAUACGGGACAGCGCCGCGCUGCGGAGCCACAACCAGGAGGCACAGGCCCAACUGGACGACAUGAAGGAGCUGUUGGAGAGUCUGCAGCAGGACCUACGGCGCCACCAGUCUGCGAGGGAGGACCUGGAGGAGCUGCUGGAGAGGCGCUGCAAGGAGGCAGAGGAGCUGCGGUGCAGACACACAGAGUUGGAGAAGCAGAGCGGUGAAACCCAUCGCAGGCUGUCGGCAGAAGUGAAGGAGAGAGAGGAGCGUCUGCUCUCAUGUCGACGCCAGUUCCGGUCCCUGCAGGAGCAGCUGUCUCUGCAGCGACGAUCCGAACAGGAAGCGGCACGAAGGCGGAACGACACGGAGGCCGAGAAGAGAGCCCUGAGGGACGCCCUGCUGGAGGCGCGCCAGGAAGCGUCUCGCUUACGGAGGCACAGCGAGCAAGAGACUCUUGUCCAUCAAGAGACUGUGAAGAAGCUGGAGGAGAGUGUGAGACGGCAGGUGGAAGAGCGAGAGGCGCUGAGGACACAGGUGGAGGCCGAGGCGGAGCGUGACCGGGCCCGCGUGGUGCUCCGGGAGCAGGAGCUCGCCCUGGAGAGGGAGAAUAACGAGGGCCUGAGGCUCAAGUGCCAGAGGGAGAAGGAGCAACUUCAGCAGCAGGUGGCUGUGCGGGACGCCCAGGAGCGAGUUCUCGUGCUGGAGAGGAGGCUGCGGGAGGCGCUGGAGGGACGGCGGGGGGAGGAGGAGGCGGCGGCGGCGGCGGCCCGGCAGACUGCGCUGGAGAGGGAGCUGCAGCGGCUGCGGCACGAGGAACAACAGGGGGCGCUGCGGCUGCUCCGACUGCAGCAGGAGCUAGAAGAGCAGAGGCAGGAGACGUGGAAGCUGCAGGAGCAGAACACGCUACUGCAGGAAACGGUUCGGCGGGAGUGUGAGGAGCGUGAGGAGCUGACAGCUGCCCUCACGGAUGCCAGGGAGCAGCUUUCGGAGCGCCGCGCCACCAGGACCCGCCCCGCCAGACCCGAAGAUGGUCCGGACCUCCGAGGCCCCCAGGGGCCCCGUGCUGCUGUAGCCCGGUGACCGCUGCUCCUGUCCAGGCUGCCCAGGGCGACUUGGUGACCGAAGUGCAGCAAGAGGUCAUGGGCAGGGAAGAGGGAGAGCAGCCCCAGCCCCAGCGCACACGCACACAGAGACGCACACACACACAGACAGCUGCCAGGAAGAAGGAAGCGUGACUGCCGAUCCAGAACGCCGUGCCCCACCCCGCCGUUGAGAGGGGGCCACUGGCUAUCUCCUGCUGCACAUUCCCCACUCAGCCACACGGGGGCCUCUUCUCUCCUUCCUUAAUUGGUUCCAGUUGGUUUCAGGAAUCCAUUUGGUACGGACCCAAUCUCCUGUCCAGGACCACAUGUGGAACGAGGUUCGGGUCUCUCCAUGAAGGCGGAUUGCGACGCGCCAAAAUGUCGCUCUUCUCCUAAAUUCUCCAAGAGGCUGGAAGAGGUGAUUGGGGUGACAGGAGAACAGCGAGGACCUGGUAACCAUGACAAAUCCUCAGCACUAACAAAGGACAGGUCGUGGUUCACUGCUGGGUCCCUCAUAGCUGCUGAAUCCCUGCCACAUUCAAGAAGAGUCUCGAACCCGUCUCUUUCGGAGCCUCUUCUCUCCUGACGACGACAAAAACUACGUUUACUAAACGUGUUCCCACUUGGUUCUGUGUACAGCAACCGGCGGCGGUGGUUUCGGACAAACUGACGGCAUCACACGUGUCUGUGUGCGUGUCUCCCCUCUGGACGACACUCUAACGCCAACAUUUUGGAGAAGAGCACGUGCUACAUGAAUCAACGCAAACAUAAAUAAGUAGAGGACUGAGGUCGUCGGUCACUAAUCUUGUGUCACGGCAGAAGGAUUCUGGGAGCAGGACGAUGAGGCCGCGGGCCACAUGUGGUUGCGCCGAGAUGGAGGGAGUAGGGAAGGACGGGGUGUUCCCUCACAGCACUGCCCCGGUCACGCAGCAGCUGGGCCUUAGCUCUAUGUGAGCAGGUUCAGUACAGUUCAGUGAGAAGGGUUUCCUCUGGUCAGAGUGAGACAAUGAGCGUCUGUUUGCGGCAUUAAGACUGGAACAAUGUCUCCCGCUCAGGAAGCGAUCAGGCUAGAGCUGCAGUGCGUUGUGGUCGCCGAGGCGUGAUGGGGGUGUUCGACUCACGCGCACACAACAGCUGUGCUGCCCGCCUUUGACCCCGGAGCUUUCAUCUGGAGCCGCUGGCACGAAACACUGGCGUGACGAGUCCUGCCGGAGCAACCUUUGCACCUUCCUGCCGCGCCUUUGUUUUACCGCCUGCUUUCAUGUGGCGCACAGAGAGGCGCUCCCUUUCACUGUACUCUAGGUCCUUUCUGCUCCUUCUCCCUCACGGAAGCUACGACGGGUUAAAGCCGCUACGUGUCCCAGACGACCAGACCCCGUUGUCAGCGGCCUUCUUGCACGGAACUGUGUCGGGACAUCGGAGGAAGUGCACGUCACCUGGAAGGAGUGGAACCACUAAGAGAAACACAGGCAGUUCAUAGAACUAGAACAACUAGAGCAGCUGCGAUGGACUUCGGUACAUUUGCACCUGCACUUCCAGGACUGUGGCCCAUGUCAAGUGUUUCAAGUCAGUGGUAGAGGCAGGGGCAGGAAGGGCAGGGAAGGGUACAAUAGGGUAACAGAGGGUACGCUAACAAAGGGAAGGGUAGGGUAAGGUGCCAUACGGCAGCGCUGGGUAGAGCAGGAUAAGGAAGAACAGUGCUGAGAAUGGAAGGGUAAAAAACGAUACGACUGGGUGCUGUAGCGUUUAAGCCUGAUGGGCUCCAGCGGACGUGUGUUUGAAGAAAGAGGGAGUUGUCCAGGAGCCACUUUUCCCACACUGCACCGAGCGCCAGCGUGGUUAAGGCUCCUCGGCCACGCGCUCUUUGUUCUGCCAGAUGGGGGUCCAGCUGUGCCAGAGCUCAGCGUUAAUGGAGUCUGCAGAAGGAAGUGAAGAGGACAAAAGCCUUGUUUGGAAUCCCUAAUGAGGACACUGGUGACCAGAGCUGAGCUCUCCUUGAGGUGCAGCGCCACUCCAGAACGCAGUCGGGCCGCCGGGGGGCACAGCCCUCCUGUUUAUGGCACAACUCCUCGCUCUUUGCUGUCAGGACAGAUGAGGAAACAAACGCCACACAUGUCCGCUAAAGCAACUGGUGACCAUCAGACUAAGUGUCACUUUCGCUAUUUCGCAUGCGACAAAACUGGAGCUUUUUACAGGCAGACCGUUUCAGGCUCGGGAGGAGCUAAAGCAGACAGCACUCAUUCCCAUUUCAGCAGGGCAGCCCUUAAAUUGUCUAAGUGUACUGUAUAUUGUUUUACGCUAUUGGUAACUGUGUGAACAUGGAUUAUAAACAGUAAGACUGGCAAGACAGAAACUGCUGAAGUAGGUUUGCCAGUUUUAUGCUCUGUACUCUAGUGCCCCCUAGAGGUUGAAAAUGAAACUUUGUAGCAGCGCUUAAGAACCAGAAUUCCCAGUAGGUUGGGGAAACUAUUGUAUUCGCACGUUUCGUGU